UUGGGUCUAGACAGUAUUGGCGUCUGGGCAUUUUCAUAAAAGACAACUGCUAUUUUGCGAGUUUUUGCAAGCUUUGAGACAUAGAAUAAGACUCAAGCAUCAUACACCUUCUGCAAUGUCGCUUCUAUUCUGCUUAUGUCUUUAUCUAAUUGUGAGCAAUGAUUUGGUUCCAAAGUAUCGAGGAAAAACUAUAUUGUACUACCAUACUUUCCAUGGUAAAUCUAGCAUUGCUGGACAUACAAUCGAUUUUUGAGUACAUAUAUCUCAAACAUUGGGCCCUGAGGAAUCCUGGCAAUGCACCUUUACGGCGGAAGGCGAGUACGUGUACCUAUGUACUAGUUAGAAAGUCGGUGACAGCAAGUGUAAAUGGAGACACGGCCACAACUCUACAUGAUUGACCAGAAGAUUAGUCCUUGUAGAACUUAAAACAUCAGCUCGAAACGCC